AUGUCGCGAUCAUCCGCUGCAGCCGAGGCGGUCGUACCGAGCGAUGCGGACGCAUCGGACGACACCGACAAUGUGGAACUCGAGCUCGAGCUCGAACAACUCGACCUCAACACAACGACGCCAACUGCCGUGCCAUCAGCCGCGGCCAUGGACUCGAUUGUCGUGCUGAGCCACGAGGAUGGCGACGCGGCGGUGGCGGCGGCAGGGGACUUGGACUUGGCGUCCUUCCGCCACGAGUGGCAGAGCGAGCUCGCUGCCCGAUCCGCCUCGGCAUCGACCAACCCUGCGACCAGCGCUGCCGUGACAAGUGACGCGAGCAGUGCAUCUGGCAGAACCAGUUCCAAUUAUUCUCAUUCUGCCGGCGCAUCGACCUCGCGCGCGACAAACACAGCGACAUCGGAUUCACUUGCAGGACCUCCAACCCACCUCGCACUUCCGCCAUCGCUGCGAAACUUGCAGAGCGACGACACGUUCAAGCGCGCAUUCAAACUGCACCAGUCUGCCGCUUACCUCGAAUCGACCGGACAAGCCCUCGCCGCCAUGGAGUUGUACCGUGAGGCAUUUCAACUGGUACCCGACAUUGACCGGAUUAUUGUCGACGCAGGCAUGGUCUUUCCUGAAAACGAAGACAUGACUUGGUACGAUGAGGACGAAGGAGGCAAAGCACAAGAAGAUGUUUUGUCGGAUUACGACGCAGCAUCCCGCUCUUCCAAUACCGCAAGCUUGCACAAGAGAAAAGGACCCGCGCCAGGCGACGCUGCUGCUGCUGCUGCUGCUGCUGCUACCAUUCCCACUACAAUUGUCCAACGCAAUGACGGAGACUUGGUCUUCCAGCUCAAGGCUGAUGCGCACGCUGCCGGCUACGACUUGUGGCCCAUUUUGCCAAUGCGCGAGUCCACGCUGCGCACAACAGCCCACAUCUCCGAUCUGCCCAUCGAGAUCUUGCUGCAAAUUCUGCUCUUUGUCAUUGGAUCCGAGCUGGACUUGCGCUCACUCGAGGCCAUUUCGCGCGUGUGCAAACAGCUGCACAUUCUUGCACGAGACGAAUCGCUGUGGCGGCACGCCACCAUGCCCACCAAUCUCAGCCAAAUCCACCUGGAUAGUUGGGAGCCGACUCCGCUAGCCGGGAGCGCCCUGUCCCACGCCUCCGUCUCAGUUCACUCGUUGAUGUCAAGUCAGCAUCGGUGGCGGGAGCUGGAAGCGGAGCAUCGACGACUGCUUGCCUUGUAUACACAACGAGUGGCACAACAUGCAGAUGGCAGUGCAGUCACCCUGCUCCCAUGGCGAUCCGUGUACAUCCAACGCCCGCGCGUGCGCGUGGAUGGAUUGUACAUUGCCCGACUGUGGUAUGUUCGCGCUGGCGAGAAGAGCCUCGACAACUUUUUCCAGCCCUUCCAUCGCGUCGAAUACUAUCGAUACUUGCGGUUUUUUGCCGACGGAACAGUCAUCUCGCUCAUCACCCCAGACGAUCCAACCUUGGUCGUCCCUCGGCUCAAAAACCCACCGCGACAGACAGGCGCCGAAGAGACGGGUUACCUGGGCAAGUAUCGACUUCACGGCGAUAUUGUCGUCAUCAAAGUCAAGAAGAUGGAAAGCCGCCGACCAAAUCGCGCGACCUCUAGCGCUCAAGCCAACACACGCGGAGUGAGCUCUCGUCGGCCACCGCAUGUCGAGCCAGUCGUUCCCUCUUCACUCGAAAGCAUCUUUUACAUGGAAUUGCAAGUGAAAUCAUCGGCCUCCCGACGCAACUCCCGCCUGACCUGGCUACGCUACAGUAGCAUCAUGCACAUGUCGGACGCCACGUCCACCGUGAACGACUUUGAUCUGAGUUCCAUGAACGAGUUUAUUUUCUCGCGCGUCCGCAGUUACGUGUAA